GUGUGGUGUGAGUGUCUGUCACCUACCCUACCCUGCUCGACAAGGCAAUCUGAAAAUGCUCUCCGCAAUCUCCACCUCCGCAAUCUCCACCUCCCUACUAGUAGUACUCUUCGGUGCAGUCCGCAUCCCCACAUCUGACCGACUCUCAAAGUUCACAGCUCCAAUCCUGGUGCAAGCGCACAGUAGCGGAGCAAGAUGCGGGGAGGAGACCGGCCAUCGGCGUCGCUCCAGCUCCUCUCGCUGGGCCUCGUGCUCCUCUACUUCUUCACCUCAGGCAGCACCGUUGGUCUCGUGGAGGGACAGGUACGGCCUUUGGCUCUUGACGCUCUAUCUAUCUAUAAGACGUGGUGCAUCGCGAAGCCGUCGGCGUCGAACGAGAUCCUGGCGCAGAACCUGGACUACGCGUGCUCCCAGGUGAGCUGCGCCGUGAUCCAGAAGGGCGGGCCGUGCUACUACCCGGACAGCCCCGUGUCCCGCGCCGCCGUCGCCAUGAACCUCUACUACGCCUACAGCGGCAGGCACCCCUGGAACUGCUACUUCAACAACUCCGCGCUCGUCGUGCAGUCCGACCCAAGUAAGUACCCCCAUUCAUUCUCUCUAAUAAGCUCUCAGAUCCUUCGUCCGUCCAUCUGUCUUCUCAUCGAAUGCCGCUUCCCUCUCGUUUCGCACAGGCUAUGGCUCCUGCACAUACUACUGAGGAGGAGUGUGAGGAGGAGUGGAGAGACGAGGAGAGGAGAGAGAUCCAUUCGUGCCUGGCGGUGGCGGCUCCACUGCAUCUGUAUGCAGAGUCUUGGUUUUCUAGUCUCGACUGCCAAUUUACCAAAUGCACAUUGUUGUGUUGUGUUGUGUUGUGUAGCCGUGCUGCAGCUGACAUUUCGCAGCGAACUCGUGGAUACUCCGUUUCGCAUUCAUGUGCUUUGAAGUACAUUGCAGCGGCGCUGCACAAAUUUCCCCCCUUGUUUUUCUCGCCACUUGCGUUCAAACGUUGGAAUCGAUGGAUCUGA